AUGGGAGCCAGGGAUGUGGCGGGGCCGUGGGCCUCCUGCGCGGGGCUGACUUUGCCUGGGUUUGUUGGUGCUGCAGGCUUGGACCAUGAGCAGGCCUUCUCCAAGAUCAUCGUGGAGCUGCGGAAGAAGCACCCAGGCCACAUCCUGCCGGACGAGGACCUGCAGUGGGUGUUUGUCAACGCGGGCGGGUGGAUGGGCUCCAUGUGCCUGCUCCACGCCUCGCUCACCGAGUACGUGCUGCUCUUCGGGACGGCCGUCGACACGGGGGGGCACUCGGGUCGGUACUGGGCUGACAUCUCUGACACCAUCAUCUCGGGGACCUUCAGGCAGUGGAAGGAGGGGACGACCAGAAGUGAAAUCUAUUACCCAGGGGACACCAUAGUGCACCAAUCCGGAGAGGCCACGGCUGUCCAGUGGAGCGCCGGCACCUGGAUGGUGGAGUACGGCCGUGGCUUCAUCCCCUCCACGCUCAUGUUCGCCUUGGCCGACACCAUCUUCAGCACUCAGGACUUCGGCACCCUCUUCUGCACCCUUCGGGUUUAUGCCAAAGCCUUACUCCUGGAAGCAGGUGCCUACUUCAGCCAUCUGGCCCAGUGAGACCACCCUCCCCACACACCAGCACGGCCUCACAGGAAGGGCGCCCUUUUCCCAUCCCCCACCAUCAUGCAGAUUGUACCAGAAAGGCAAUGGGCAAGAGCACCUCUGCCCCUUUCCCCACGCAGGCGUGCCAGGUAGGCUGACCGUUAGCUGUGUCGUCCGCCUGCCGCAGCGAGCGCUCAGCCGGGGGAGAAACAGGCAAUAACACAUAAUGGAUAAACCUAGAUCACUAUUUUUUUAAUAUCCAAAUGUUCCUCUAUAUUUCUGUAACGAGACUGCAGCGACUGUUGAGCUGCCACCCACGUCUGUGUGUGCCCUUGCUUUCUGUCUGCAGCUGUCUCUCGUGCUCUCUCAAAAUGGCAAAUGAAAUUUAAUAUGGAUAAAUGUAAAGUAAUGCACAUUGGAAAAAAUAACCCCAACUAUACAU